CUGCCCUAUAAUUGCUACCUCUCUUCGCGCCGUAUAAGAGCAUCCAGGGAGCUCUGCAGGCGCUUACCCUUCCUCUUCCUCCCACACCACUUGCAGAUAUGUCGGAAGUGAAGCCCAUCUCUUGGUCCACCGUCGAUGCGGCCUCAAAGCACACCGCGACGUUCAUAUUCCUCCAUGGUCUGGGAGACUAUGGCUUCCGCUGGACUUAUAUAGCCAAGUCGUUUGUAAACCAGCCUUCGCUGAGCCAUGUUAAAUGGGUGCUGCCGAAUGCUCCCACGCGUCAUAUCACGGCCAACGGAGGUGCGGCCAUGCCUGUGAGUGUAACGUCGUUCGACAUCAAGAAUUUCGGCGUGCCGAUAGGACCUGAAGACGAGGAGGGGAUGCUCCAUUCACGGCAGGAAAUUCAAGGCCUCAUCGACGCAGAGAUCCAAGACGGCAUAGACCCAUCGCGCAUCAUACUGGGCGGCCUGAGCCAAGGCGGCGCCAUGACUUGGGUAACCGGGCUCACUAGCCCCGUCAAGCUCGCCGGACUCGUCCUGCUCAGCAGUCGCCUCCCAAUGCCGCACAAGGUCAAAGAGCUGGCCGCGCCAUACGUCAAGGAGCUACCGAUCUUCACCGCGCAUGGUAACGCUGACGACCUGGUCCACAUUGACCGCUGCUACUCCUCGCUCAAUUUCCUGAACACCGAGCUGGGAAUCGGGAAGGCUUCUGCGCCUGGUCUCCCUGGUGUGAACCUUCAUAUAUACGAGGGACUGGGCCAUACUACAAUCCCGAAGGAAUUCGAGGAUUUGAAGGUAUGGCUUGAGAAGGUGGUACCCGCUGUUUGAAUAUGUAUUUCCAAAGUCUGUCGUGAUCUCUGUCAUCAAAGGAUAAUGACUGUAUUGUUAUGCCAGAGGGUUGUCUGUUGGCAGUAUGCGCCAGAGGAAGACGCGCGC